AUGCCGUACCAGAAAUUUGGUACCAGACGCUUCCGGUCUGCGGACUCCUCCGACGAGAUCCAGAGAAAGAGCCUCUUUGGUCUCUUCGGUGGCGAUAAGGAGAACCCAGGAGCUGGAACUACGCCGGUUGCUGCCUCGUCGCAAGGAACAUCGAAUUCGACCGACAUCUCAAUGGCACCCUCUGAGCGACUCGACAUGAUGAUUGCUCCUAUCGAUGGUUUUCAAGCCGAAAAUGGCGCCCAGAUUGAUCAGCAUGCGUCUCCAAAUGGCGUCACCGAUCAAGUGGCUUCUGGCGACAAGAACACGCCUGAAAUCGCUUCUCCGACGGCCAAUAACUUCAGCCAUAUCACCAGCCUCACUGAGCACAUCAACAUUGCCAACGCCGAUGCCAAGUCUGAGAAUGGUGAAAGCUCCGCGCCUGACGAUCACAGCUCGACGCAGAUGAGCGAGAAAAAAGCCGGAAAGCUUCCAAUCUACCGUCACAAGCGGACCGACACUGCAGUGAAGAUCGUCGACAGAGAGUCGGCUGACGCUGUCCUGCUCCCAUCCUCGACUUUCAGUCCCGUCAAGUCCAUGAGCGACAUCAUUUCGACACAGACUGAGGCAAAUUCUACCCCUCUUCACUCGAGCCACCUUGGUGAGACCCUCGCCGCGAACAAGCCAGCCGAGAAUACGGUGCUUCUGCCGUCCGUUUCUUACGCCGUCUCGCAUCUUGCCCCUCGCGCUCUUCCCAAGAUUCCCACAGAGAAGCAGAAGCCGGAUGAGAUCCCUCCUCUCCCCUCUAGUUCAUACGCCAGCCCCAGUCCCUCGCAUGGCGUUCUCAAGACCUCUGGAGAGGACAAGAAGGCUACCGACAAGAAGGUCCACUUCAGUGACGCCGACGAUGAUGACGAUGGAUACAGUUCAGACGACUCUGACAAGACUGUGAUUGCUGGCGAAAACGGAUUGGUAGCGGCAGACAAUUCGUCUCUGUCCCCUGACAUUUGGAACGAGGAGUCGAAGCCCAAGAUCUAUCUGAAGGACGGCAAGCCGACAUUAUUUCAGCCCACAGCUGAGCCCGACUACUACACCAAUCCUCUCUGGUCUCGCCAGUACCCAGAGAUUCUCUCCAACGACCCCAACGUCAACCCUUACGCCAAGGACUACGCGGACAGCCUCAUAUCUCAGGAUGGCAGCGAGUCCUCCUUCACUGAUGAGACCAGCGCGAAUACUGCGUACAACACAGGCCCUCGUGUACAUCUUCCGUACCCAGGUCGUGGCCACCAGGACAUCCCCCCCGAUCCUCCGGGAUUCGUCUACCCGCCUCCUUACAAGAACAAAAUCGUCAUCAUGGUGGGAGGCCGUCAGUUCGUCUCCAGCGCGAACGUCCUCGGACGAAGCCCCUGGUUCGCCCACCUUUUCUCCCUCCCCAUCUCUCAGUGGUUUCGCGACGGCGCUUUCCACAUUGACAACGACCCGGACCUUUUCAGCCAUAUAAUCCGCUACCUCCGUACCGGACAAUACCCCUUUUUCUGGUGCGAGCGCAACGGUUUCGACCACGCAAUGUACGCCAUGAUCCUUCAGCAGGCGCGCUUCUAUCUUCUCCCACAGCUGGAGGCCUGGAUUAUGAAGAAGAAGUACAUGGACGUCGUGCAGUCCGGGGUCAAGCACCGCAAGCUCACGAUGCUUGAGUCCGAGGACUGGGUCCACUCGGUGAAGCUCAAGCGUGGCGAUGCUUUCGAGAUUGUGGGUGUCACCUCUACGUCUGGUAAAUCUGGUUUAUGCCAUGGAUAUUGUGGGGCUAGCCAUUACGAGGAAGGUCUGGAUCAGGAUGAGCAGAUGGAUGAGCAGAUGGAUGAGCAGAUGGACGAGCAGAAUGGCGAGCAGAACGGCGAGCAGAAGGCCAAUCAGAAGAAGGGUGAGGAAGAGAUUGAGCAGAAGGGCGAGGAGCAGGAUAUCGGCGACAAGUCGGAGAGCAAGGACGAGGAUCUCGUUCAUGUCUUCCUCACUGCAACGCGUAAGAAGGUCAAUUUGGAGGCGCUGACCUGUGAGUACGAUUGGCAAUUUCCCUGA